CAGUCUUCAAGUAACCAAUCUUCCUUGACUUAGAAGGCAAAAAAACCACCAUUCUUUUCCCUUCUUUCCCUUCCUUUUGGGUUCAGUCUAGUACCUCUUCUUAACAAGUGCUUUUAGAUUAUCUGUAGAAGUGCUUUUCAUGGCAUCCAACUCACUUACUUCUUCAAGAAACUCUAACUCCUCGUGGACUCCUAAGCAAAACAAGCAGUUCGAAAAGGCCCUGGCUUUGUAUGACAAGGAUACCCCGGACCGCUGGCAGAAGGUUGCCAGAGCUGUGGGUGGGAAAUCUGCUGAGGAGGUGAAGCAGCACUAUGAGAUCCUCCUUGAGGAUGUCAAUCACAUUGAGGCCGGCAGAGUCCCAUUUCCUCGUUACCGGGGCGACUAAUAAGGCCAAUAGUUUGAACUUUGAAUGGCAGCGGCUGGUUUAAAGUCUCCCUGCAGACUGAAACUUUCGUUUCUCUACAAAAAAAAUUCCACCUUGCAGGGUCUUCAAGUAUAUGAUAUCUAACGUUUCAAUGAAGUUGAAGAUGCAAACUUGUGAAAAGUAGCAGAUGCAGAUGUGUAUGUAAAUGAAGCAGUUUGGGUUUUGUGCAACUAAGUGAACUAUUGUUAUGGCUUUUCAGUGUACCA